CAUUAGCAAUUGCCUUCGCUAUCGUUGGUGCCAGCAAGAGUCCUUGCAGGUCGAGUGAUAUAGUGCUACAGAGUUAUUCAACCCAGGGCAAGUUAAGUCGAAGCAGCUGCAACCAAAAUCCAGGCAGCGUUCCGGGGCCACAAGGUUCGAACCAAAAUGAAACAGGGCGACGUAAAUGGAAGCAAACCACAGCCAGAUACGGGGGCGGAUGGCGAACGGGAGCCAACCAGAGAGGAGUUGGAAGCCGAAUUCGAUCCCAACGAUCAAGAGCUGACUCACGCUGCAACAAGAAUUCAAGCAUGCUUCAGAGGGCACAUGUCACGGAAAGACGGUGGCGGAAAGAAGGACGACGCCGAUGACAAAAAGGAAGUCGAUAUUGACGAAUUAACCAAAAAGGUUGCCGAGGAACUGGACAUCGACAUGGAUGAUCCUGAACUACACAAAGCAGCCAGCAAAAUUCAAGCUUCAUUCCGGGGUCACAAAGUUCGCAAGGAUGUACCCGCUGGCAAACCAGACAGCAAAUAG